CCCGCGCUCUGCCUGCGCCCCGCCGCCGCGGCCCGGCCGGAGCAUGGAGACCGCGGAGAAGGAGUGCGGCGCCCUGGGCGGGCUCUUCCAGGCCAUCGUCAACGACAUGAAGAGCUCCUACCCCAUCUGGGAAGACUUCAACUCCAAGGCCACGAAGCUACAUUCCCAGCUGAGGACCACUGUGCUGGCUGCUGUGGCCUUCUUGGAUGCCUUCCAGAAAGUGGCUGACAUGGCCACCAACACCCGAGGGGCCACGCGGGACAUCGGCUCGGCGCUCACGCGCAUGUGCAUGCGCCACCGCAGUAUCGAGACCAAGCUGCGGCAGUUCACCAACGCGCUGCUGGAAAGCCUCAUCAACCCACUGCAGGAGCGGAUCGAGGACUGGAAGAAGUCGGCCAACCAGCUAGACAAGGACCAUGCAAAAGAGUACAAACGGGCCCGGCAUGAGAUUAAGAAGAAGUCUUCAGACACGCUGAAGCUGCAGAAGAAAGCGCGCAAAGAGCUACUUGGGAAAGGAGACCUACAGCCCCAGCUGGACAGUGCCCUGCAGGACGUCAACGACAUGUACCUGCUGCUGGAGGAGACGGAGAAGCAGGCUGUGCGCCGGGCCCUGAUAGAGGAGCGUGGCCGGUUCUGCACCUUCAUCACCUUCCUGCAGCCCGUGGUGAAUGGCGAGCUGACCAUGCUGGGAGAGAUCACCCACCUGCAGGGCAUCAUUGACGACCUGGUGGUGCUGACAGCGGAGCCACACAAGCUGCCCCCCGCCAGUGAGCAGGUGAUCAAAGACCUCAAAGGCUCAGACUACAGCUGGUCCUACCAGACCCCACCCUCCUCUCCCAGCAGCUCCAGCUCCCGAAAGUCCAGCAUGUGCAGUGCCCCCAGCAGCAGUAGCAGUGCCAAGGGCAGCGGAGCCCCAUGGCCUGGGGGUGCCCAAACAUACUCACCCAGUUCCACCUGUCGCUACCGCAGCCUGGCGCAGCCAGCCACCGCCCGCCUCUCCAGCGUCUCCUCCCACGACUCUGGCUUCAUCUCCCAGGACGCCACCUACUCCAAGCCCCCCUCACCCAUGCCUUCAGACAUCACCAGCCAGAAGUCCUCCAGCUCCGCGUCCUCCGAGGCCUCCGAAACCUGCCAGUCGGUCAGCGAGUGCGGCUCCCCCACUUCGGACUGGUCCAAGGCCGGCCCCCACGAGCAGCCCUCCGGCACUACCCUGCAGCGGAGGAAGGACCGCGUGGAGCUCCUCCGGGACGCAGAGCCCGUCCCCGCCAGUGGGGGCAGCCUGGGCCCCAGCGGGGAGGAGGCACCCAGACCCCGCAUGUCCCCAGCCACCAUCGCGGCCAAGCACGGGGAGGAGGUCUCCCCUGCAGCCAGUGACCUUGCCAUGGUGCUGACCCGCGGCCUGAGCCUGGAGCACCAGAAGAGCAGCCGAGACUCCCUGCAGUACUCCAGCGGCUACAGCACGCAGACCACCACACCCUCCUGCUCGGAGGACACCAUCCCCUCCCAAGGCUCUGACUACGACUGCUACUCGGUGAACGGGGACGCAGACGGCGAGGGGCCCCCCGAGUUCGACAAAUCAUCUACCAUCCCACGUAACAGCAACAUCGCCCAGAAUUACCGCCGCCUGAUCCAGACCAAGCGCCCGGCCUCCACGGCCGGGCUGCCCACCGCGGGGCUCCCCUCCACCUCUGGCCUGCCCUCGGGCGCGCCCCCUGGUGUGGCCACCAUCCGCCGCACGCCCUCCACCAAGCCCACCGUGCGCCGCGCCCUCUCCAGCGCUGGCCCCAUCCCUAUCAGGCCGCCCAUCGUGCCCGUGAAGACGCCCACCGUGCCCGACUCCCCCGGCUACGCAGGGCCCACACGGGCAGGCAGCGAGGAGUGUGUCUUCUAUACCGACGAGGCCGCCUCGCCCCUUGCACCAGACCUGGCUAAGGCCUCCCCGAAGCGGCUGAGCCUGCCCAACACUGCCUGGGCCAGCCCGGCCCCGGAGCCCACCAGCUACCCGGGGCUGGGGGCUGGGCUGGGCACGGAUGAGGAGCAGCAGCAGCAGCAGUUGGCUGCCAAUCGGCACAGCCUGGUGGAGAAGCUGGGGGAGCUGGUGGCCGGGGCUCACGCCCUGGGAGAGGGCCAGUUUCCCUUCCCCACUGCUCUGUCAGCCACCCCAGCGGAAGAGACGCCCACCCCACCCCCAGCCGCCACCAGUGACCCCCCAGCUGAAGACAUGCUGGUGGCCAUCCGGCGUGGGGUACGGCUCCGCAGGACCGUCACCAAUGACAGGUCGGCACCCCGCAUCUUGUGAUGGUGCCGCCCUCCCGCCCUCUGACCUGGGGCCCACCAGGCGGCCUGGCCCGGGAGCAGCUCAGAGCAAAGGCACAGCCAGGAGAGGUCAGUACUGGCCUGGUUUUAUAGUCACUUGAGGCAGAGCCACUUUACGAAGAGACGCCCAGACUGGAUUUCAGCGCUGAAACAGGAAGAGACUUCUUGAACACCAGGCUGGGAUGCAGCCUGCGGGCAGAGAACAGGAUUUGGAGUCUAUUUUAUACUUCUCUUGCCCACUCUGUCCUCUUCCUCCUCAUAGGCCCGGCCUUCCCCACACCUCAGUGAGCUCCAGGCCGCUCUCCCCACCCAAGGUAGAGGCUGCCCGCUGCUGCUGGGACCAGCGGGGCCAUGGCUCAGCCCCAGGCCCAGCUUCUCCCAGGGCCUGCAAGGCCUCAGUCUUUUCCUGAAUGCCGAGCCCCUGACUGUUCCUCUCUCCUUCGCUCUCCCUUCCCUCUGCCUCUCCAGGCUCCCUCCAUCCGGUGGAGGCGGGUGGCUGUGGAGGGGCCAGGUGGGCAACCUGCCAAAAAACUUCACAGACUGGUUGACUGGGUCGGUUGGAGCUGAGAGGCUGCCUACCGUGGGAAGGAAGCCUACGGGCCCAGUUGGAGCGGGACACGUGCAAGGGGUCUGCUUAGGGGAGGCAGCUUUCCUCCCUUGGGGGUGUGGCUGCGGUUGUGGGUCUGGCCGGACAGCAGGCAGAGCAGUCUAGAGGCCCUGGGUCAUCUGGCCAGGCAGGCAGGAGCUGCUUUCAGAUGUCCAUCCUCAUCUGAGCAUGUUGGGACUCCGACUGGUGGCACUUUGGUCCUAGUUUCAGCCGCCUUUGGGGGUGAGGGCUGAAGCUGUGGAGGGUGUUGGGAGGGGGAUCUUUUAUGAAUAGAAUAAAAAAAAUGGAGCCGACUGGACAAGGACUGCGUGUGGGGACAGGGUGGAUAGUACAGGGUGUAUCUGAGAGUGCCUGAGGGACAGGGGUCCCCAUAGGGGCCCAGUGGCCCGUGGCAGCAGGAGGAAGGAGGAACUGGCUCCCUGAAAGCCAAGGGGCAGUAGUUCUUCUCUCCAGCCAUCAGAGCAUAGUAGCCAAAAUAAGGUUGAAGAGGGCUGGGGCAGGGCCUGGCCUAUCUGUGGUCUGAGGGUGACAGGGAAGGGGUUUGGGGGGGAUGGGGAAGAUUGGCUUUGACUCUCUGUCACCAGAGGAGAUGCCAUCCAGGACAUCCCCUCCCCCCAAGUACAGGUCCUGAGGGAACAGGGUGGGGUGGGGAGGUUCUUCCCCUGGGACACUAGGUCAAGCCACUCAAGCAGGUAAAAGCACGUGGGCCCAGGGGGGAGGAGCAGAGGGCUCCUCUAGGGGGCAGGCCAGCCCUCGGGACUCACAGGGUGUCAGGGCCACAGGGUGGGGUCUGCUGGCGUCAGGAGAGCAGGCUUUUCCUGGGCUGGAUGGGGUGGGUGUGAGCCCCCAGCACCAGGCUGGAGCUCCUGGUAGUUCUUGUGGCAGGAACUGGGUUCCAGGAGGGGGCUUCUGGGGAAUCAAGGGUGCCCUUGAGUGGCUGGAGCCACAAGGGUGGAUGGAGAAUGAACCUGUAAGUUGCUGGGUCUGAGAAUGGCCUUGCUGAGCCACCUGGGAAGGGGGCCCCGUGACAAACGGGGGCCCCGCGGGAAUCCAGAGAGCAGGUGGCCACUUUUGGAGGCUUUGGGGUGGGCUGUACACCCUGGCCCCCAGGGCUUUGCUGGGAUUGUGCCAGGUGGGUUGAUGGUGUGAGGGGCAGGAUGUGAUGUGAGCAGGCUUAGGGGAAGGAGGGGUGUGGGGUGGGGGUGGGGGAGGUCAGGUCCCUGUGAAGAAGAGCAUGUGCCCCCCCCAUGCUCCUCCGCCCCCUCCUCGCCCUGCCAAGCCCACCCCACCGGGGCUGUACAUAACCCUCCUUCCCGAAGGCUCCACUUAGCGCCCUCGGCAUAGGUAGGCCCGCCCCCUCGGGGUACGAGCCAGCCAUCCCGCGCCACAAACCUUGGUUUGGGGGACUUAUUUACGUUCGUUUAUUUUCCAUUUUGUACAGAGAAAUAUUCUUUUCAAAAGCGUCUUUUGACUGAAGUAACUUUUCUGGUGCUGUUGUUAACUUGUUCCUUUUUUUUUUUUUUUUUUUAUUUUAUUUCCCCACCCCGGGACGCUCCUCUUGGUUCCUACUCACCCUUUCUUCCCUCCACCCACCCGCACACACCUGGCCUCGCCCUCCACCCCACCCCACCCCCCAAUCCCAUCUGAACCAUCUCGUUUCUCUUCUUUCUGUCGGUUUUGGAUAAAUGAACCUCUCCUCUCCGCCCCCCCUCCCCCUCCCCAGGAUUUAGUCACUGCUACAAGUAACAAAUGCACUGUGAAGAUUCCAGUAUUAAUAAAGUUGUACUGUAAUAACA